AUCAUUCUUCUUUUGCAAAAUGAAAACCUUGAGUUGGUGGUAGAAGCUAUGAUUGGUUAGGGUUGUUUGUGUGGUACGGUGAUGAAAUUUGGAGUGGUUAUUUUCCCAAUUGGAGUGGUAAAAUUAAGUGGAGAUGAGAGUUUAUUUAUGGUGGAAAAUAUUGUAACUGUUUUCAUAACAUAGACAUGUUUUUCUAAAGAGAGAAAGCGUGUAGUUUUCUUUAGGGUUUCUAGAAAGAAAAGAAGAUGCUUCGUAGACUUAUUUGUCACUUGUCAGUAAUUGCAUGUAAUUUUUACGUUAAAAGUUCAAAAUAAAUAAUGAAUUAAAUCAUUGAUCUUCUUUUAAGUAGAUAUGGCUUAGCAUGUGUGAGGAUGUGAGUUAGGGUUUGUCGCUACAAUUUCAUCAAUUUUGAAGCGACGAAAUUGUGGAACUAUGAAGCACCAAAAAGUCACAGAUAUGUAUAUAUAUAUUUGGAUAGAAAUGGUGCCUUUGGCUCAAUCUAAAAAGAGUAGCUGAAUCCACCAUAUAUAUUAAAACCAUUCUACAAUGUUGUUAACUUCUCAUUUAAAAAUAAAUACUACACGUACUAGUUCCCAUAAUAAAGCUACAUAUGGUAUAAACUGUUUACUCAUACUCCUCUAUUUUUAAGAGAUAAAUGCUUUUAAUUUUUUUUUAAAGUUAUAUGUUAUAUGUUUUCUAGAUAUUUUUAUUAGUCAAAUUAAAAAUUUCAAAAAUUAAUUAUACUUAUUGAGAUACUAUUGGUAUAAAAUUACUGAAAACUGAUAAACACAGAAAAUAAUUUAUUUAUAAUAAAAAAUUUGAUAGAUUUUUAAUAUGUAUAGAAACAUAUAAAUAUGCAUAUGUUUUUCUAUCUUUUAGAAACAAAUAGAGUAUACCAAACAACUAUUUACUACAUUUGGAGAAAGAGAGGAAGGCAAGCUGACAUCAACAAAACAUGGACAACAACAGAUCAAAUGCAAAGAAGGAUUGCCAACGCUGUGAGAAAUAGAGUUACUUCGCUUAAGUAUAAGUCUGACCACAAAUAGGCAGGUUUACUUCGUUAUAGUGAUUCCAACACACAAUUAACUGACAUGUUUACAGUUCAUAAUCUCCUUUUUUUUACAUUAUAAAUAUUAUUCUUUUUAUAGAUGAAUAAAUUUGAAAUUUCAUCAAAAAUAAAUAAAUGGAGUUUCUAUUUGUUUUGGCCGAAUCUAAGUAAAUAGCUAAAUCCACCAUUAAAACCAUUUUACAAUGUUGGUAGAUUUUUUUUUAUAUAAGAAAAGAAAACCACACGUACUAGCUAGUUCCCAUAAACGCUACAUGGCAUAAACUGUCACUCAUAGUUAUUUAGGCCUGGAGUAUGUUAUUUAAACCUAAUCUCUCUUUAGGUUAGUUAAACCUUUUUGAUCAAAGAUUACUUCAUUCAUAAAUAAAUUAAGGUUUUACGUUCCAACAGAGGAAGCUGAUACAAUAGCGCUAGCAAGAGGCAGUUUAGCAACUGAAUCGGCAUCGGAGUUUUGCAAACGAGGAAUAAACUCAAAAGAAAUUACAUCAAAGUAAGUAUUAAAGUGAUAGAUGUUUUGGCAAAAAAAAAAAUUGAAAAUAUCAGGUUAAAGAGAAAUGUCCGACAAAUUCUGAACGUAGUGUCUUUUGUCCUGGCAUUGAUCAUACCUUCGACCUUUCUUUUGGAUUGGACCUUAGCACCGUUUAACAAGAAUCCUUACCAAAUCACAUUACAUGUUGAAAUUUUCGUUUGCUUCACCCCAUAUACAUUCUAUCUUGCGCCUGUCCACAUAUGCCAAAAAAAGGUUCAAAAUAUAUUACUCUACCUGUGGAAAUUACAUAACGAGAAAUGCUCAGUUCCCUACCAAAUCCGACAGUGGAAAAUAUCACAGAAAUGUAUUGGGCCCCGAUUUAAUUCCGAUUCUUCACGAGAUCAUACAAACAAGUAUAUAGUGAUAGCUUCCAAGCAAACCACAAAGAUAAACAAAGGAACUAAUUUCUUGUCGUAACCAAUUCAAAAAGUAAUAUUCGUUCAUUGACUUUCGUUCAAUGUUUUCUUUAGUGGUGGAUUUACCAGAGUUUUUUUUAUGAUAAUCAACUACAAUAAUGAUUGGCUGUUAUGAACUUUAAAAUAAUAAAUAUAAUAAAAAGAUUUUGUUUUUUACAGAUCCUGAUAUUGAAAUAUAUCUAGGUUUCGGUCUGAGCAUUUUAUCCAAAUGAAAUUAUAUAUAAUGAUCAAAAUUACGAAUAAAAUUCUAUAAAUUAAAAUUUUAUAAAGUUUGCAUACGGGUCCAACCAUGGUAACAAUUAAUGGAAUAAGAAUAAGAAGAAUGGAACUGAUUUAGAAAAUAGAAUAUAAUCAUUCAAUUUAUUCCAAAUCAAAAAUGUUGAGAAAUGUUUAUGAAUAUUUUCUUUGUAAAUUUUUUGAAAUGAUUGUGGAAUUGAUUAAUGAGUAUUUCAUUUCAUUCAAGUUAAAUGGUAAAAAAAAAUUAAAGAAUCAAUAAAAUUAAUGAUUAUAAAUCAUUAUAUUCCAAAAUUUGCAAUCUAGUUGUAGCUGUAAUUCACCAUUCCUUUACUACACUUUUGGUAUUAAAAAUUUCCAGCAAUUUAGAGAAGGAAGAAAAUAUUAUAAGAAACAAAUAGCUUUUCUGCUUUGUAUGCGCUGUAAGGGAAGGAGAGAGCAUCAAAGAACAACAGAGGACUAAUUAACACCAUAAUUAAGAUUCUCACUCAAUUAAAAGUUUAAAACAUAUCAAAACUUGACUACAAGUCUUGAUUUUAGCCAAUUGUUUCACUUUGUUCAAUUGCACAAGUUAUUCCACUCUGUCAUUUCAUCUCCGGAUUAAUCAUUCUUGGGGUAGUUAUUCUUUCCAAUUCGACGAAAAUGUACAUUGUUAAGAUAGAGAAGCGAAUAAGAGAAUAUUUAGCCAUUCAACUAACAGUAGUUUUCUCUUUAUUCUCAUACAUUGUUCUGGAUAAUGAAUUAUCCUCAUGAACAUAGAUAUUCUCUAGAUUGUGAUUAGGGACAAUUCAAUUUUCUUUUGUUGUGAAAGGAGAUUAGGGUUUUGAAGGAAUAACGUGGAAGGAGGACACGUCAGCAUAGGGCGACUUGCGAGGAGAUUAGGGUUUUGAAGAUUCCGCCGCAAGCAACCAGUCCCCACGCCGAUGUCGGCGCCGGAGACGCAAGAUCCCGUGGAGUUCGGCUCGGAAACGAGCAAGGUAGCCCCUGUGAAGCAGUUAAACCCUUCCUGGGUUAAAGUUGCAGAGAAUGGACCAUCGCUCUCUGAGCAUGUUCUAGAAAUAGGAGUAAGUGAAGGACAGGAAGUCGUUGAAGUACCAGAUGACGUGAUAUCACAAUCUGUGCCUCUUUGGGAUGAUCUUCUUGAAGGUCGAUUCCUGGACAAGGCACCACAUGUGGCAAAAAUCCAUUUCAUAGUUAAUAAGAUCUGGCCUUUGGGAGAUAAAUCUAUCAGAAUUGACGUCUAUGUCGUUAAUGAUCGCACUGUGAAAUUCAGAAUCAAGGACGAGGCUACGAGGAAAAGGGUUCUUAAAAGAGGAAUGUGGAACAUUGCAAACAUCCCGUUAGUUCUAUCAAAGUGGGCUCCUGAGGAGGAGGAAGAGGAGGUUGAAGAGAUAAAAACUAUUCCAAUGUGGAUCACCAUGAAGAAUGUUCCUCGCAGGAUGUUCUCUUGGAAGGGCCUUGGUUUCAUAGCUAGUGCUGUAGGAAAACCAAAGCGCUUACACCCAGAUACGCUCCAAUGUAAUAGCUUUGAGGAAGCGAAAGUUUUUGUCGAAGCUAAUAUGACAAAAGAACUACCUACCAGCCAUCGUUUCAAGUCUAAACUUGGGGUCAAUGCGGAGGUGGAAUUUGUUUACCCAUGGUUACCGGACAGAUGCACCAUCUGCUCUAAAUGGGGACACCUUCAUACAGCUUGCCGUGCUAAGGUAAAAAUUCUGACUAAGGCCAAAUCACCCACAAAGAUGCCGGCUAAGGAGAUUGAGACUUCUGUGGUAGAUGCAUCGGAAAAGGAUCAACAAAACCCUGCGGUAGCUAGCGUUGAAGUAGUCGAUGCCGCUGAGAUGGAAUCUCCCACUGAAACUUUGGCACCAGUAGAGAUCGUGAAGGAUACAGUGACUCUGAACUUAACAACAUAGUACCAUGAUGCAGAGAAGGGUGGUGAAAUAGAGACUUUGGGUUGGAAGAAU